UCGCAUUGACGCCGGCCGGGCCGGGGCUCCGCAUCCAGCUAAAUCUUUUUCUUUCCUCCCCGGCUCGCUCCCCGAGUCCCCAGCACCGGCGCUAUAAGUAGCGGGCUCCGCGCUCUGCCUGCCCAACCCAGCAGCAUCCGGCCAGCCGGCGACCACCGUCCGCCUGUGAGCGAGCGAGCGAGCGGCGGCGCACGACCGUACAAUGGCCCGGGCUUCCUCUCCCCGGUUUCUUGGAGCGGCGGUCGCGGUGGCGCUUGUAGUCCUUGCCGCCGCGCCGCCGGCGCUCGCCGGCGACCCGGACUACCUCCAGGACCUCUGCGUCGCCGACCUCAACUCCGAAGUGAAGGUGAACGGGUUCCCGUGCAAGGCGAACGCCACCGCCGACGACUUCUUCUCCGGCGUGCUGGCCAAGCCGGGCGCCACCAACGCCAGCUCCGUGGGCUCCGUGGUCACGGGCGCCAACGUCGAGAAGGUGCCGGGGCUCAACACCCUGGGCGUCUCGCUCGCCCGCAUCGACUACGCCCCCGGCGGGCUCAACCCGCCGCACACGCACCCGCGCGCCACCGAGCUCGUCUUCGUCCUCUACGGCACCCUCGACGUGGGCUUCCUCACCACCGCCAACAAGCUCGUCGCCAAGACCAUCGCCCAGGGCGACGUCUUCGCCUUCCCGCGGGGGCUCGUGCACUUCCAGAGGAACGCCGGCGACGAGCCCGCCGCCGUCAUCUCGGCCUUCAACAGCCAGCUCCCCGGCACGCAGUCCAUCGCCAUGACGCUCUUCGGGGCCUCGCCCGAGGUGCCCGACGAGGUGCUCGCCAAGGCGUUCCAGAUCGGCGCCGAGGAGGUGGACAAGAUCAAGGCCAAGUUCGCGCCCAAGAAGAGCUGAGGAUCGGACCCGGCCAGGAGAAAUAAGUUUUGGUCUGUCCAUCAGUCGUUGAUGAUGAUGAUAUUGGUAGGCAUUGGUUGGUUGGAUUAUUCUGCUGUUUCUUCGUUUGCUUGUGAUACGAUCGUCGGUUAAGUGUGACCUGCAGAAUGAGUUGGUAGGGAUUCUCUCUUGUAAUAAGCUGCAGGCCUGAUGGAGAACAUUGUGUUCAUCUUAUAUUAUAAGCCCAAUCAUUUGUAAACCAUUUCAUAUUACUAUUAUGCCUAUUUAAGUCAAAAUUCUACGUUUUCCUGUCAAA